GUUUGCCUAGAGAUGUCAAUUUAAGUUUAGUUGUAAAAAUGGCUCGCCGAAAGGCGUUGUCCGACGAUAUGCGAAAUUCCAUUGUAGCUGUACACAAAAAUGGAGUUUCCAGGCAAUUGCAAAAAAUCUGAGCAUCCUCAAGGAACAGUAAGAAAGAUUAUCUCACUGUUUAAGCAAAAUGUACAUAUUGACAUAAAAAUUAGAAAUGGCCGUCGAUCGAAGAUUACAGAAAGAGAUGAGCCAGCUCUUCUUGCAAUUAUUAAACAUAAUUGCAGAGCUGUAUCGAGGGAAAUAGCUGUAAAAGGGUCACAUGUGAUUGGUAAAAGAGUUUCAAAGAAUACUUGUUUAAGAUCAAUGAAAAAAAUGGGAUAUUCAUUCUACAAAGCAAAGGAAAAGCCACUUGUUUCUUUCAAACAAAGAAGAAACUGACUUCUAUGGGCAAGAGAGCAUAAAUACUGGGUACAACAUCAAUGGGAUUCAGUUAUCUGGAGUGAGGAAUCCAAGUUUGAAGUAUGUGUUGGCGAUUCACGUAGCAGAAUUAUCCGCACGCGAGGAGAAGAAUAUCACACCGACUGUCUCAAGAAAAGGGUUAAAUUCCCAGCGUCUGUAAUGAGACACCUCAAGAGCCGCGUUUGGGCCAAUAAACCGACGUCGAUUGCUCAGCUCAAGCACAUUUCCGAGAUGUCGGCUAUCCCACGAGCGAUGUGCCAGCGAGUUUUCACGAAUUUGAAGACUAGAUUCGAGGAGUAGGUACGUCUCGAUGGCUCACAACUCAAUGAUGUUCUUUUAAAAAUAAAAUUUCCAUAU